AUGUCGAUUGUCCUGGAGGCUGUCGCGGGCGCUGCUUUAUCUGCUUUCUUUGAUGUGCUGCUUGACAAGUUAAGCUCCCCUGAUUCGUUGAAGAUCUUUCGGCAAGAGAACGUUGAUGCUGACCUCAAGAAGUGGAAGACAAUUUUACUGGAAAUCAGUGAAGUUCUGGAUGAUGCAGAAGAGAAACAGAUAACCAAGGAGUCCGUGAAGACCUGGAUGGGUGAGCUCGAAGACUUGGCUUCUGAUGCGGACGACAUCUUGGACGAGUUUGCUACUGAAGCUUUGCGACGUAAGGUGAAUGCAGAAGAACCCAGCACAAGUAAGAUACGAAAGUUCGUCCCUGCUUGUUGUGUUGGUUUGAAUCCAAGUUCUAUCAUGUUUAAUGCCAAUCUGCGGUCCAAGAUUAAAGAAAUCAAUAAGAAGUUGCAAGAAAUUGUUACACGGAAGAAUGAUCUGAAAUUGGAAGACUUUGCUAGGGGAAGGACUAGAACAAUAACAUCAAGGGUGCCCGCAACUUCCCUGGUUGAAUCUCAUACUUAUGGCAGAGAAGAAGAUAAAGAGGCCAUUAUCAAGUUGCUGAGUGAUGAAUCGGGCGGUGCUCAAUUCUCUACGAUUUCCAUACUUGGUAUGGGAGGACUUGGCAAGACGACUCUUGCCCAACUAGUCUACAACGACGAUAAGGUGGGCAGUUAUUUUGAUGUGAAAGCAUGGGGUUGUGUUUCUCAAAAUUUUGACAUUUUAAGAGUGACAAAAGAAAUUCUACAAGAUAUAACUUCUGAGACUUGCAAUGAUGAUAGUUUAAAUUUAGUUCAGCGCAAAUUGAAGGAGCAAUUAUCUGGCAAGAGGUUCUUGCUCAUUUUGGAUGAUGUUUGGAUUAAAAACUAUUCUGAUUGGACUACACUAUGUCUUCCAUUUGUAUCUGGGGCUCCUGGAAGUAAGAUUCUUAUCACUACUCGGGAAGCUAAUGUUUCAUCAAUAAUGGGCGCUACUCAUCCAUACAAGUUGAGAGAGUUGUCAAAUGAUGCUUGUUUGACCAUGUUUACACAACACGCACUGGGGACGUCAGAUUUUGUUGAACGUCUAAAAGUUGAAGAAAGUCAAAAGAUUUUAGAGAGGUGCAAGGGCUUACCUUUGGCAGCAAAGGCUCUUGCAGGCCUUCUCCGCACAUACGAUCGUGAUGAGUGGAAAGAUGUACUAAAUGGCAGGAUAUGGGAUUUGUUAGAAGAGAAAACUGAUGUUCCUUCAACUUUACGAUUAAGCUAUUUGUGCCUCCCUUCCAAUUUAAAGAAAUGUUUUGCCUAUUGUUCACUAUUUCCAAAGGAUUAUAAUUUUGAGGAGGAAGAGCUAGUAUUGUUAUGGAUGGCAGAAGGUUUGGUUCGAGAAACAAAAGGAGAGAAGCCAAUGGAAGAUCUUGGUGAUGAGUAUUUUCGUGAUCUGCUCAAGAGAUCAUUUUUUCAACAAUCAAGCAGUUAUAGAUCACUCUUUGUCAUGCAUGACCUCAUGCAUGAUUUAGCUCAAUGGGCAGCGGGAGACUUUUACUGUAGGUUGGAGGAUGCAAAAAGUUUGAUGACUUCCCCAAAGAUAUGCAUUCACGGACUUUCCUUCUGCUAUCAUCAAGAUUCAUAG